CGGCUAACAAUUGAUGGCGGGAGAAUCAUCACGACAGUCAUUCUUUAUUCGUGAUCCAUCGCCGACAGACACAUCCACUUCAAGGCCAUAAUCAAAAAGAUCAGAUCUCGUCAGAUUCGCAUUAUUGAUCGUUUGAUCUGAUGAUGUUCAAGCGCCAAUGAAAACAUGGCUAAUUCGGCAGGCCCCAGUGCUGCACUGCUUGAGGCGACAGCGUCCACCGUUCACAACUUUAGAAGGCCGACCACUUGCAAAACCACCGAGAUGGGCUCGCUUUGCACACACACAAUGCUACCGGCCAGAAAGUCAUGCCAAUUAUGCCGUCUUCGAUAAAAUCGAUAGGCCUGAUCACACCUUGGACGGGUGGCUAGGGCUUCUCGAACAGUCAUUGCCACCACAUCUGCGUCUGCAGACUACACCGCCAUCGGACGUCAAGCUGGACUCUACUGAUACUGCGCAGAUAAUCCUCUCUGCACAGUAUCCUCCAAAUCCUUCUAUUGCAGGGUUCGAUCUGCUGCACAAUUUGGGUUUGAUUCAAGGCCGAUGGGUAGCAGUGAUGUGGUUGGUCAAGGAGUUGACCGAAGAUUAUCAUCAGUACACAGAAAACAGUGCACGCCUCGCACGCCUCGCGCAUGAAUGGCCGCUCUCAAAACCUCUCGCCGAAUUAACACUUAAGCCAAUUGAGCUGAGUAGACAAUUCAACGAUGCGUUGCCACAGCCCACGGUCUUUACUGGAUUGAACGACCUCUGCUAUCUUCCAAGCAAGAAUAACAACCUCGCCAAGAGGCUUCGACAUGCCGCUGUGGGUCAGAUAUGGCGCAGCAUAGGUCGUAUGACACAGGCUUGUGCUGGUGCAGCCAUAGCCCCCGAAGUCCUGGAGGUUAUCGCCCAUCUCCAUCACAAAGAGAUCAUGCCGACAUCAAUUUAUCAAUUUGAGCCCAACGUAGACAAUCUGGCCAUCCGGAUGCCUCCACUUCUCUCACUCCUCUCCUCCAGAAUCUUGACCUCUUUGUCAGACGCUGCUUGGCGCGCGCACGAGAAACUCAUUAUUCAAGACGCCAAAAGCAAAGGAGAUGCAUACGCAGCGCUACGCCCCGAGAUUCCCAGCUCUGUCUAUCGCGUACACGUUGCUGGACUCAAACCCGAACUAUGGAUGGAGUUGAUUCUCUGGUCGUGUUUGCGUGGCGGAUGGGUGCAAGAAGGCGUCCAGAUUUUGCUGUCGCUGUCGGCCGAUAGAUCCUGGAAGCCUAUCUCGUGGCAGGAGCAUGUGUCAAAGUUUUCUUCAAAAGCUGCAAAGGCCAGCAUGCCUGAAUGGAAUGAGUGGGAUUUCCAAUUCAAGACCCGCUCUCCUGAUACCAUGGAUGCUCCGAUUGCCGCAGAAUUUCACGUUGAUCGCACAAUAAGUGGUGAGGUCGUCAGCGCGUUCGCAGACGCCUUGGUAGGUCUGGUUGACGUGGGCGUUGGAAAUCGAGGGAUUCCGAUGCGGACGCUUGUUGCAUCGCUCCGCGAGCUGCAACGAUUCCUUAAUGUAUCGAGAUUGAGUCUCACUACCGGGUCUUGGGAUGCACUCUUGCUUCGUCUUGCUGACACUCAUAUUGUGGAUGCGAGAUUUGACGGGGCAGUCAUCCAGGAAAUCGUCUCGCUAUCGCCCGGCAUGUCUCGACGCUUACCAUCUACAGUCAAACAAAUGGAGAGCAGCACCUUGCCCAAUUAUGUUUUGGACGGGAAUCUGGCCAUGCAGGGCCUGCUUCACACAGCUCUAAAGGGGCAGAUCGGCACUGGUCAUUUUGAGUCGGCUCUCCAGGUAUUCAAUAUUAUCCUGGAGCGAGCAGAUGAGGACAAGCGCGAUUCAAUCACCAGCUUUCUGCGGAGACGGAAAUCGCUCAUGGACACUGCGAUUCGAAAAGGUCAUUUCACAAGUAACUUUUCAGGUAUCGAUUACCCAGCACUGAACGUACAAAUACCUGCUUUCGUUCUUGCUGCGCUGCUUGAUCUCGCCACUGAAGCCAGGUCCUACGACUUUGGCAAUUGGCUCAUCGCUAGCGAGGAUGUCGAUGGGCCUCUCAUCACCCUGCCGAUGUACGGCGAUGUGCACAUUCAGCCAGCGCUUCUCAAUUUUGCCCUCGAAACGAACAAUGAGAAAUUGGCAGAGACUGUUCUUAAACAAUCGUCAUCGAACGUCAACAUGCAGACCUUCUUCAACAGCCGAGUGAGCACCUUGCAAUGGGGAGCUGCAACAACUUUGUUGGAGUUGCUGGUGAAGUCAGGCCGAGACGAUGUUUGGAACGCUGAGAAUUUGGCGAACCUAGGCCGAGUGAUUAUCUCUCUGGCAGCAGAUCCCAAGCACGGUUCAUCAAAAUCCGAGAGUAGCCUGGCCAAGGCGGAGGGCCUCUUCACGGCCAUGGUCCUAGGCAAGUAUGAUGGCGCGGGCGCCAGAAAACCUGCGAAGAUCCGAGAAGUACAAUCAAUCAUCUCAGUACUCUCCACGGUUACUAGGCGGAUGGGUAAAUUCUGUCUCUCCAUUGGACUUCCGCCACGACAACUGCGCUUCAAGAUGACGUCUGCCAAUUUCAAUCUAAUGCUCGAAGGGAUUGUUGAAACUCACGGUAGCAUUGCGGGUCGUCGUGUCCUGGCCACCUUCUGGCCGUGGCAAGCCCGUUUGCCGAUCAACAACUCAACAGCAUUUGGCACGCGCCAGAGCACAAGUAUGCAGACCGAACGCCCUCAUGCCCUGCGGAGGCUCUUGGCCCACACUCUCCGAAUAUCUGUCGGAAAUCGGUCGAAACGCUCUGGCGACACACGCUCUACUGGAAAGUCGACAUCGAUACAGGGUACGGUUGUGCCGAACACACGGACGGUAUUGAUCAUCUUGCAGAGAGCUUUGGAAGAGUUGGGACAGCAAAGCCAUGAAUCCAAACCUCAAACCUCGGGCAUGACCUCUUCGCUAGCGCCAGAGUCCAUUUUCCCGCAAGCAGGGAAUGUUGCGUCACUCGCAAUGGCCUCGUCGUCCAACUCUUCGCCAGCGAGCGUCGAUGACGCAGGCCAUCGCAUCGACGCAAGCGACGAAAAUUUGAACAUCGAUACUGACAAAAGUCCCGAGACGGAUCAUUUCGACCGUGAUCUUGGCGAUAGUAGCGUUAGCGACGCCGAAAUCGCCGCCGGCAUUGCCGCCGACGAAGGCGUUCCCGUCGUUGACAUUUCUGCGCGCGGCAUGGUUGCCUGGGCCGUGCGGCACCUGACAGAGCUUCCUUCCGUCGAAGAAAAUCUGGUACGACACCUAGACUUUAUUCUCCGUCAGUACGGAUUGGAGGAGAUACGCGCAGAUCUCUCCCGGAUCGUCCGACAAGUUCAACGGACUAUGGAGAGAUCGCGCGAGGAGGAGGACGACGAUGAAGUUCACUGCACAGAGGAGGUUGCCUCGGCUGCUCACCAACGAGAAAAUAACGCCUCGAGACUCAAAGGGCCUCAUCGCUGAGGUGAUCCCAUCGCGACUGUGCUGGCGGAGUUUUAUUAAAGCACUGGCGGUGAUCAGCAUAACGCUUCAUGGCGUUAUAUCGGCUAAUAUCUGGGUGGUCAUCUGCUUGUUUUCCUCGCAAGGACUAAGCAGGAGCAGGAAAUUGCACUGUGGGCUACACAUUUGCGUUCCGAUCUUUUGCCUUUCCAGUUUUGGUCUCGAGGAACAAACCUCUGUAUAUUGAUGUGGCUAUAUGUAAAUAUUUGAAAAUAUGUGCAUUUCGAGAGUCCCUCGUCCGGCGACACUCUUCAACUUGGGGCUGCUUUGCUAUGCAUUGACAUUCUCAUGUCCCAAACACUACUCGGACG